AUCCAACCUUAGUCCGUGGCGAUGCCGACGUCGUCAACCCAGAUGGCGCGCCCGGCGUCCAUGGCGGCGCUCUUGCUCUCCCCUCGUGGCACGGGCGGCUAUACGCACUCGACGCCAUCGCCUCGCAUGUCCGCCGUUCAUCCAUCGCACAUGUUGCUUCGCAACCUUCGUGUGGACUUUGGCCAUCGAGUGUCCAAGGAGCACGACGACACCAUCUACCACGUCAGGCUGCACAACCUUGCGUCCGGGCGUCAGUGGAACGUAGUCAAGACAUUCCGCGAUGUCCGCACCCUUCAGGACGCCAUGGCCAGGCAGCUCAAGCAAGGCCACCCGUGUCACGAUGUGUGUCCGUGGUUGUUUGCCCAUGUCGCGACCACGUUUCCGCGGAGCGUGUCGGCGGCUCGCCCGUGGAUGCAUGCGCUGCGGUGGACGCGAAAGCCGCCGCCCGAGACGUCGCACCUCAAAAUGUUUCUCUCGACCAGCCAUGGCGUGUUUUCGGUCCCGCCAGGCCACUUGACCUGCCCCGUCCUUCUCAAUGCAGUCGCGACGGUCUUGAUCGAGUUCUUCUACGGCCCUGUGCGAGCCCACGAUGAAGUGGAAGCCUCCUGUCCGCAGACAGGAAUCCCUCUCUCGCCACCAUCCGUCCGCUCCACGUCGUUUCACGACAAGGGUCGACAAGGCGACGUCGAGUGUGGUGUGUGCUUGCAAUCGCUGGAGGAACACCCACGGCAGCACGAACACAGCGACGACGAUGAUGCAUCAGAUAGCCCACAGCGACGAUGCGGCGCACACCAAAUCGAACAGGUCAGCGUCACGACGCUGGCCUGUGGCCACCCGUUCCACGAUGAGUGCAUUGUGACGCAUCUGAACGCGACGCUGCGAUGUCCCGUGUGUGGUUUCGUGCCAAAGCUGUAGGAAGACAGACGUCAUCGAGAUCGAUCGCGCACCACAGCUUGACUGCUAUACUCGGUAAAUACGCUACGAGGAUAUCCA